CAAUUCUCGGAGGGUUUGUGAGCGUUGAGUUGAUACAGAUCGGGAAGGGGGAUUCACUGGCGGAUCCUGUUACUACUACGGCUAAUGAGAACUCCAAUCGAGUUCCCUAGUUUUGACACAUCCCGGUAAAUGGCAAAGAAGGUUUCGAUGGCAUCAAAGCUGUGAUGUUGCUAUCACAAAACAGUAAAAUGGUGCAGCAAGAAGCUGCAUUUAUGGGAUAAAAUGUGCAGCAAUAAAGCUGCUUCAAUGGAGGAAAGAAAGAUGCAGCAAACUACUGCAUUAUGGAAGAGAAUGAAAUGCAAAUGGAGGCUGCAAAUUAGUCAACAAAAUUGCAGAAAUGUGAUAGUGUUUCAAUGAACUUUUAAUGUUAGUUUAUGCGUUACAAUCUUUGAUUAAAUGUUAUGAUAGAUUUUGUAGGAAACAUGUAACCACAAAUCAUGGAAAGUAGGUGAAACAUACUGUUUUUAUGUUGAAUUUUCUGCUAUAAGUUGGCAGAUAUGUUAAUGGAAACAUGUGAGUUGGAGAACAAUUUCUCCUCUCCUCCAGAUUGGGUGAAUGGCCGCACCCUUCCAAGGUUAUGUUCUAUAUCAUGUUCUAAGUUCUACUCUUCUCCUACUCACUUCCAAGGAACACGAGAAAAAACCUACCUUUCUCGUUGUUGUCAGACGGUUCUUCUUGUGAAACCCCUCUUUCUUGGCCAAAAUCUUGCACGAAAAAAGGCUGUGAAGGUGGAGGCAUAUGUUAGUCCCACCAUGGGAGAUGUCAAGGAGAGGAAAGCUGGAUUCAAAGAGAAGAUUGUUGGAUCUGCACAUGAGUUUCCUCAUGGGAAUGACCUAUUGAGAAAGGGUGCCUCCUCUGUUUUCAUUGAUUUGGUCAGAUCUGCUGAUACCGAGGCUGCAAGAGUAGGACUUCAAUUUAUGGAGCUGGUCUUAAGGGGAAUGCCAAACGGAGAGGGUCCAAAGCUUGUUGAACGAGAAGAUGGGAUUGAUGCCAUGGAAAGAUUCCAGUUUCAUGAAAAUGAAGACUUGAGAAAUAUGGCAAACGGUUUAGUUGAUAAAUAUUUUGGGGAGGAUUACGGGCUUGACGAGUAAGGGUACUUCUCGAUUCCAGGGACCCCAUUUCCCUCCCUCCCGCUGCUUUCACGAUCCUUCUCUGAAUUUUCUUCCAAUCUUUUGUGGUAGGUAAAAUUGUGGUUUAUGAAGUUGACUUUGAAUUUGAAGGUCUCCUCUCUAUACCCAACGGAACAUCUGCUGCAAGCCUAGGUCAUGUAUGGCGUUUGGCUGUGCAUACACUUUAGGAAUUGUCUUAAUUUUUUUAAAAUAAUAACAAUGAUAAUAAACUUGUGAAUUUCAA